GUAUCCAAUGAUUUAGCGUCCGGUGUAAUCAGCAUUAAAAAUUCCCAGAACAUUUCCGAAUUUUGUAUACAACUUUAGAACUUAAUCUAACUUAACCUACAAAGUAGAAUGACUAGCAUGAUUUGAAGUCUUCUGCAUUAUUAUUUUCUGGUUGAAAUUAAUUCCUUAAUAUAAAUCAUUAUGUCUCUCCUUCGUAAAGGACAGCAAUGGGGCACUUUUGCACGUAUCUGGCAUCUUUAUGAUGCAAAAUGGCAAGAUCCAUUUAAGAGUGCAGAAUUAUUAAAAUCCUACCUCAAAGGCUUAUACAAACCCAUAUAUCAUCCAUUGAAUGAGUGCGGUGACCAUGUUAUAGUAAUAAAUAGCAAAUAUAUUGCAUUACGUGGGGAUGAAUGGAAAAAACGUGUGUACUUUCAUCAUACCACAUACCAUGGAGGUGCAACUUGGACGCUUGCAUGGGAAUUACACAAGAGAGACCCAACCAUGAUUAUGAAUAAAGCUGUUUACAGCGCGCUAGACAAAAAUCUUCAACGACGACAUACUAUGCAAAGAUUGCAUAUUUUUCCUGAUGAGAAUGUACCCAAAGAGAUGUUAGAAAAUGUUAGUAACCAAAUCAAACAGUUGCAGAUAGUUCCGGUCAGAUUAGAUGAUAUUGCAAUCGAAGAAAGAGAAAACUUCCCACGCCUCAUACAGUAUCCCAUAGAUUAUCAGCCUCAAUAAAAUAAAUGUAUAUGUAUAUGUAUAUGUAUAAUUAAGCAUUUUAAAAGAAAAAUAAAUAGUUAAGUAUCAUUAUUCAAUAAAUUUUAUUAUUAUAUUUUAUAGAUA